UUUGACUCAAAAGCAGAGAAGGGUGGAGAAGAAGGUGAAGAAGAAGUAGAUCUGAGUAACCAAGCAAAAUCCCUCCAAAGUUUUCAACUUUCAAUCAAAGGGUCCUCAAAAAUGCUUUGAAAAUUCGUCUUUUCUGGUUCCCCAAACACUCACUGAAUGGCACGCCCUUGUUUCCACAAGCUUAUUCUGCCUUCCACUCUUCAAUCCAGGCAACUGAGGAUUCCAGAUUAUUUUAUGAGGAAAUAUGGGGGUGAACUUUCUACGAUUACUACCCUCACUGUUCCUGAUGGUAGUGUCUGGCGUGUAGGAUUAAAAAAGGUAGACAACAGAUUUUGCUUCCUUGAUGGGUGGCAAGAAUUUAUUCAACGCUACUCCGUAGGCGUUGGAUACUUGUUGGUAUUCAUGUAUGAAGGAAAUUCAUCUUUCAUUGUUCAUAUUUUUAAUUUGAGUACUUCCGAGAUAAAUUAUCAAACAUCCAUGAGAAGCCGUAAUGAAGGGCAUUACUUUGCAAAUUAUCAUCAUAUUUUUGACGAAAUGGAAGAUGUAGACUCCUUUGAAUUCUUGGAUUCGUCAUCUUCGCGCCUUACUUCUGGUGGAUUGCAAAACAAGGCUUUUGCUGGAUCUGUAGAUCAACUGACCCCUGGGAAGAGUCAUACUCCAUCAUUGCAGAAUUUGUUUAAUGGUGGGUCUAAACUCAAUCGCGUAAACUGGGGAGAUAGUGCAAGUGCUUUUUCUUCAAAGGGUGCCAAUUCCCAAGACAUUCAAUCAACCAGAGACAUAGGUGUUCAGUUUAAUGCUGUUGAGUUUAAAAGGUCUACUGAAGAAUUGAAAUUGCGUUAUUCUAAUGAGGAAGGGGUUAAUAAAACUGUAAGAAGGAAGCGAAAAUCAGAUCCUGAUGGCGAGGAACCCUCUGCAGAACAUGAGGAGGAAGCAGAAAUGCGCUAUAGAUUUUAUGAAAGUGCAUCUGCAAGAAAAAGAACCGUGACAGCGGAAGAAAGAGAAAGGGCAAUUAAUGCAGCAAAAGCAUUUGAACCACCCAAUCCAUUUUGUCGAGUUGUCCUUCGACCCUCCUAUUUAUAUAGGGGAUGCAUAAUGUAUUUGCCAUCCUGCUUUGCAGAAAAGAAUUUGAAUGGGGUUUCGGGGUUCAUUAAACUUCAAAUCUCUGACGGGAGACAGUGGUCGGUUCGCUGCCUUUAUAAAGGAGGUCGAGCAAAGUUAAGCCAGGGAUGGUUUGAAUUUACACUGGAGAACAAUUUGGGGGAAGGUGAUGUUUGUGUGUUUGAGCUACUUAGAAUGAAGGAUGUAGUGUUGCAUGUUACAGUAUUUCGUGUAACUGAGGAUACAGGGUUGUUGAACCCUCCUAUGCAGCAGAGCCAAAAUGUGAGCCAUUCUAAACUGCUGAAUCCUCACUUGCAGCAUCGUGUCAGUACAACCAAAUCGGUUAGAAUUUGAUAGCCCAAACUGUGUCUAGUAGCUCUUGCUUUCUGGGUGAUAUGUUAUUCAUCUAUUUUCUUUAUUUGGAACUUUGAUGCUUUCCAUGUCCAUAAACAUUUGAACUUAGUUAUAGUAGUUUUGAUACAGAUGUUUUUUUUGUUUUUUGACUUGGGUUGUAAAUAGAUUGUUCAAUCUAGUUAAUCAGAAACUGAAUCGAAAUGCAUGUGCUAU